GAAAAAUGGCCGUCGUACGUAACGUCAAAACUUGUAAGGUGACUGCUUACGAAGAAAACGCUUAAUAUUUCAUCGAAAACGAAUUAAAUAGUGAUUCAUUGGUGUCUGUGAAUCAUUACAGGGGUUAUAUUUGUGUUGUGGUCUGUGGAUUUUGGAUAUCGCAUAAAUGGUGGAAACCGUAGGCCUAGGAGUUCCCUCAACAGUAUUUAAAUGCACAAUGUGAUCACGGGGGCAUGUGCGCGGCAGUGGCGGGGCUGGUGUGCGGCGCGCUGGCGGCGCUGUUGCUGCUGCUGCUGGUGGCGCGCUGCCGCCGCGCCAAGCGGGCGCCCGUACCGCCUCCGCACCAGGUGCACGUAGUGCGGUUCGCCCCCGCGGCGCCGCCGCGGCGCGUGGCGGUGCCCCCGCCGCCCGCGCCCCCGCCCCCGCUCCGCGCGCUGCUCACGCGAGCCCCGCCCGACCCCGACACGCAGGAACCCCCGCAAAUUGUGAUCGUACAAAACACUAUUCCACCCCCAGACACUGAUCCUAGCCACGAGCCCGGUAACUCCUAUUCUCAGGCUCCUGGGCCCUCAGAAUUCCGAGGUAUACCUAAACUACCGCUCCCCGAGUGGCUCCCGCGGCGACCUUUGGACUGCAAGUAUUCUACCACAAUCCCGCGACCGCUCGUUCAAAUCGUCGACUCCGAAUUGGGAGCAGAUCUGAACAGGGAGACGCGAGCUAAGAAAUUUAGCGCAACGAGGUCUCCGUCACUGGAGAAAGACGACAAGAGCCCGUUCUUGGGCAGCGCCAAGUCGGCAGACAAGGGUGAAGUUUUCGGGUUUGACGAGGAAGUAGUUAAAAAACUGGAGGGCGACACGGAGGAGAUGACCUCGCCGAAGGAGAUGGAGCGGAGACAGGAGUCGCCGAGCAAUUUGAGACGCUUCAGAUCUGUCAGCACGCGGCUGAAUAUGUGCAGCGUGUCGGAGAGCCCGAAUUUGGAAGGACAACAAGAGAGGCUGGAAAUGCAGAAUUCGCCGAGGAUAAUAGAAUGCAGUUCGGCAAAAGAAAAGUCCUCUGCACCAAAAUUCGAUUUUUCCCCUAAAAUACUAGCCGAUUGCAUGAGCAGUCCCAGAUUCUUCACUCCGCCCGAAGUGGUAUCACCGGCGUUCUUUUCAGAGCCGUCGCCCAAAUCGGUAUAUUACGACAGCGUUAGGUCGCCGAAAUUCUUCCCAGAAACCCCACGGGAAUGUGCGGAAAUUCCCCAAUCGCCGAGGACAUUAGGGGAUCAUUUGAACAGGAAUGGUUUAUCAGAAAAGCCCAGUUCUCCUAGAAUACUAAGCGCUAAAGCCAGUCCAAAAAUUCAUAGUUGUAAUAAAGAAAAUUAUUUUACAUUCGAUCAAGUUCACCUCGAAGAAAAUGCAUGCAGAGUGUCGCCGAAGCCGAAGAAAUAUAGCGGAAGAAAUUCCAUUGAAAAAGAAAGAUUCACGCCGCCCGCCGAUAAGGAAGCGAAGAAAUACAGGAGACACAAUAGUUGCGAUACGAAUUAUAAAAAUAUCGAAUUGAAUAUAACGAAAUGUGAUGAUAACAAGGAGUGCGAUGAUAAAGUGGAGGUGAUAGAUACUGACGUGGUAGACUGUUGCGCCAAACUCGACAGUUUGCAAGUAGACGUCGAAGAAAAAGAAGAAAUCACUUCGACACAUCCAAGUUCGGCACACGCUAGGAGGCAACGAUUAAAAUCGAUAUCUCUAGACUCGGAUAACGCGAAAAUUAUUGAACAUAAUCUGGGUCUACCUAUUGCGAAACAAAUGAAAGAUCAGAUGAACGAAGCUUACAAAAACCAAGAUGUCAGCACGUCAUGCGACAGUCUGGAAAGGCACCCUAAAACCCCCGUAAGCGAACUCGCGUCGUUCGAGUUUGCUGAUGAAAUGAAAGACAAAGAAGAGGAAUUAAAAUCGCCUCUGGAUGUGAAACAUAAAAAAUGUCUCAGACAGAGUUCUGACACGCAGUCGUUUAUAGACAUGCCGAGAUUUUCGCCGAAAGAGUUCGAAAUAACUGUGACGUCAGAGGAAGGCGCCACCACAGCGGCCGAAAUGCAAACGAAACGAAAAGGGAAGAACCUGAGAAACUUAACGAUAGAUUUGACGAAACGAGACAGUGAACUGGAGAAGGAGUUGUUGGAAUUCGAAAAGUUAUACACGGACGCUGAGGAGAAGAAGGUGAAAACUCCGACUUUGAAAGUAAAAGCCACAUCGUUAGAUUCAUCAGAGUCUGUCAAUUUAUCCUUGCCCCAAAAGAAGACUUUAGAAGUACCACAGAAUUCUGUAUCUGUACCUAACACGCCAAAGCGGCAAUUGAAACGUAUUUUAGCGCAGAAGAGUAUGAAGCAUGAUUUUAGUGGCGGGAAAGUUGGGUACAAUUUCAUGUUGUCAAAUGCAGAACAGCGCAGAUUGUUUAUGAAAGGCCAGGAUAGUGGUAUCUUCCUUAGGGAGAACCAUGCUAGUCUAAUGCUUUACCAGCCUGGCACGUCGCGAAUGGGCUCCCGUACAAUGGGUUCGUUCGAUGAGAACAUGGCGGAUUUUACAGAAAGACCAGAAAUUAACAUAUCUGGUGCCGACAAUAGGUAUUACGAACCUGGUCAAACUUUGGGGUCGAACUUGCUGAAUUAUAAACAGAGUUUGAGCGUGUCCAGUACUAAUUUGAAGACAUUGCCCGAAGGCGUGCCGUCGGAUGACUUCGAACCUAGCGCUGAAGAUGAAAAAUUAAGUAAAAAGUUGCACAGAAGGAAUUCAAAUCAAAGCCUUAUGUUGAGCACGCAUAGCUUACAAAGUUCAAACUGUUCUUUGAACAGCUCAGGCGCGUCUUGUCACAACUUAGCUACGGUCCGCACAAGCAUAUCUAACUUCAGUCUGAACUCAGACAAUAGACUGAAGAAAUUAUCAUUGGAAAGACGAGACUCUAACACCUCAUUGAUCACAGAUCACUUGACGCCAUCCACUCGAGUCAUUUGCACGUCUAACGCUAGUCUCGGUGAGGUUUCCAAGAACUGUUUACUCCAAAGACGAGGUUCCAACAAUAGUUUGACAUUAAACAUACAUUCGACCAACUUAAGUCGACAUUCGAGCAAUACUUCUUUGAACAAAGAGGCUAAACCUUUGAAAAAGGGUUUGUUAGAGCGGAGAAGUUCAAACACGUCGCUUACUUUAAACAUCAACACUUCAAAUCCGCAAUUAUCUGUCAAUAGAGGUUUGAGUAUAUCAAACUACAAUCUGAAUGGAUCGACAUGUAAUUUAAGUAGAUAUAAUAGCAAUCAUAGUAUUGAUAAUCCUCCAGGAGAACCUAAAAAAGGUAUUUUGGAAAGACGCAGCUCAAACACAUCAUUGACUCUAAAUAUCCAACCUCAGGAGCCAAGGGAUUUGGAGAUCGACGAGAGUCUGAUCAAAGCUAACUUGAACGAUCUCCCUCACAGGGACAAACACAGAAAAUCUUUGAGUACUGAGAAUUUAAUUCCGAAAUCUUACAAAAAUAGGUUAAAAAUGUCAUCAGAGAAAGUUGGUUUCGGGUCCCACGACAAUCUCUGGUCGGCUUCGUACCCAGAUCAAGAAUAUCCUCAAAAUUUAACUUACGUGGGCGGUGAUCAGGAGAACGAGAUGAUUUACGCGUUCGGUCGCCAAGACGAGGGUGGUUUUCAGCAGGGUUUCAUCAGGAACAUAACGACGAAACCUCUCAGCCCUCAGAGCACAUCGGAAGACUUCCGAAUGUACUUGGCGAAUAUGCAGCAUCUGCAGAACGCCUCUAGUGUGCUUUCAAGGCAGCAAUUGCGCGAUUUGAACAACGUUUUCCAGAACGGUUAUUCGACAGUCAAAUGCCAUAGUUCAUCGGAAGGCAAGCAUUGUUGUUCGGGGCGUGUGGAAGACUUGGCGUCUGAGAACCCGCAGAUGGUCAUACCAGACCCGGUCGUGAGCCAACCGUGUUCAGAGUACCAAAAGAUGUUGCUGAGAAACCUCCAUCAGGAGUUUUGGGAUAUGCCCACGAAUUUUCAGGAGAAACCUAUAGUGUCUGGCUCCCACCCAAAGAAUAGAUAUAAGACGAUACUGCCGAACGAACAUUCGAGAUUUAUAUUGAAAGAUGGCGGUGGUGAGGGGUACAUCAAUGCCAAUUUUAUAAAGGGUCACGAGUACUCCAAAAACAGCUACAUAGCGACCCAGGGGCCGCUACAGAACACCAUCUACGACUUCUGGCUGAUGGUCUACCAGAACUCCAUCUCUUGCCAGAUCGAGGAGGCCUCGCCCCCAUCAGUCCAAAAAGUGGUAAUGCUUACCAAUUUCAUUGAGAAGAACCGGCAGAAAUGCGAAAAGUACUUCCCGUUGGACCUGAACGAGGAAGUGACUUUCCCUAAUCCGGACGAAAUAGAUGUCACCGCAGAGGAAAGAAGCACUUUCAGUAUAACGAACUGCGGUAUGGUCAAGAAACCUGGUUAUACGAUAAGGAAAUUGGAUGUGAAGUAUCAGAAACUAAAAUCGAUCACGGUACACCAUUACUGGUUCCACAAUUGGGCCGAUCACAAGUGUCCAAAAGAUGUGAACGCGUUGUUGAAUCUGAGUUUAGACGUGUUGGCUGACAAGAAGUUGAACUUCAGUGAUUCGUGUGAAGUGGACGAGGAACAGUGUAAAUGUGACAGUCCGAGAGCGGACUCCAAAUUCGUGUUUCCACCGUUAGAGACUAGAGUUUUGCCGUGUGAAGUGAGCGUUAAUGUGUCCACGCCUUUAGACUUCUCCGUAGAGCAACAUAGUCCAGCAACAAUAAUACACUGUUCAGCUGGGAUCGGUCGAACGGGCUGUCUCAUAGCUAUAUUGAAUGGUAUAAAACAGUUGACGAACGAACACAAAGUUGACGUUCUCGGGAUAGUGUGUAACAUGCGUCUGAACCGCGGCGGCAUGGUUCAGAAUUCGGAACAGUACGAGUUGAUACAUAAAGUGUUGUGUUUGUUCGAGCAGAUAUGUCUCCCAAAGUUAUAGCUGUAAGUUGGAAGAGUGUAAGAUUGGUCUUAGUUUAAUUUUAUGACAUCGUCAUCUUCUUGACGUUUGUAUCCGUUGCAUUCUAUCUGGGAAAGGUCUGCUUCCGACCGUGAUUCAGGAAUUCAUAUAUAAUUUGUCUUGAUAAUUGUUGAAGCGAUGAACAGAUAAAUAGUGACAACACACUCGGAAGCUUGUUCCAUAACGUUAAUAUGUUUUUUGUGACCUCCUAAACCUGUGUGAGCUUAAGUGUGUGUGACCUUGUGACCUAGUCUGGAAAUUAGUAUCAGAUAUUUACAUGAAACCUGCCUCUAGGAGAACCUACCCCAUCUAGGGUCAUAGUUGUGGAAAGUGCUUUUAAGUCGCCUUGAAUGUCUCCACUUUUUUUAUAGAAUUUUCUUUAUAGAUUAUAGGGACUGUCUACCACAACUAUGAUCUAUGGGUUAGGAUAGAAUAACAGAAUAGAAUUCGCAAUAUUUUAAGAUCGCAGAAGUGGUAAGUACUGGUGAAUGUGACAUUGGAAAAUGACAAUACAAUGUCAUAAUAAGUACGAUAUGGCAUUUCUGUUGUUCAAAUUAUUCGAUUUCUGUGGGUAAUUAGGCCAGUUGGCAGUCACUCCAUGUAAUAACCUGAUAAGCAGUCCUGGAUCAUGGUUGUAAGUGGACCGAUGGGACAAACAUCAGGACGAUGAUGACAUAUAUAUAUAUGUAUAUUAUUUAUUAAGACAAAGAGCGAAGUUAACUAUAAAAUAAAUGUAUGCAAAUUUUUUUUUAUAUAUAUAUAAAAUUCGAAGAUUUUAGUGUAUAUUUUAAAUAGAAUAGUUAAUUUAUUGUGUAUAAAAUCUUGUGUAGAAAGUUUUGUAUAGGUAAAUGUACAUUUAUAUUGAAUUAUUGACAAUUUUUUUAAAUUAACAUCACUAUAAGGUGUAGAAUGUACCGUCAGCUGGUGAAGUGAUCGGCCAUAUUGGCCGGGGCACAUCAAAAGCAGCGCAGUCUGAAAGCGGUCCCGCGCCAAUCAUAAUACAACAGUCUUCAAAGUUUAUAAAUAAUACAGGUAUUAAAUGCGCGCGUAACUUAACUAAGCCGGGAUGUAAAACAAAAUAUUGUUUUGGUAAAUAUAAAGAAAACUACCGUAUAUUAUAAAACAUAAAAAAAAUCUUAUAUUAUUGCUUCUUAGGAAAUCAUUGUUGUGAAAAUUAACAAAAAACGAUCGUCAUUUCUUUUUUUUAUUAAAAAUGUCCUUUUUUCUAAGCGGCCAGUGAGCUAUAGAAUUUCAAACACGGACGUUUCGAAUCAUGUGAUAAGAUAACAUAAAGGUGCGUUAUACAUAAUAAUAAUACCUGUAUUAUUUAUAUAUUUAUAAAUAGUAUAAUGCAACGUGGUUUAUAAUCAGUAAUCUUCAAAGUCUUUACAUUACCAAAGCGUGGCGUCAGAGCAGUUCGAGCGCUCGUUUUAAAUGUACAUGUGACGAGUUCAAAGGUUUUUUUUUCGUAAGACAACUUGGUGCGGGCCCGCGUCCGAACUGCAUUAUUCCCGACCCGCUUUUAGUGCACUCGCGGCCCUUAUUGCUUUUGAUAUAUUGGUGCAAAAGUGUUUCUUCGCUCGCUCGCUGGCGAUACGGCUUACGCUGAAAUAUAUAUAUAGUUCUGUUUUGUCUUCAAACAUAAAUUUCAAUAUUUAAUUAUACAUAUUUUAUUUUUAUCGUUUUGUUAUUGAUCUGUAUAAAAUAUUUUAAAAGUUUUGUGUUUUAAAUGUAGGUAGAUAAAUUUUGGUAUUUUAAAAUCGACAUUGAUUAAAUUUAAUACUGUAUCCUUUGACGUUUGGGUAAAUAUUUAUUAACAAAUAUUUAUAGACGAUUUUGGAUUCACCAUGUUUUUUUUAAAUUAUUUAACCGUACUGGUGGUUUAAUGUUUACUUUUGUUAUUUUAAUUUUAAAUAUUACCUUUUAUAAAGCUAACCCUUAAGUGAGUUACAAAAUAUAAAAUCAUUACGUUGGUAUCCUAAAAAUGGGGUAGUAACCACAGUA